AUGAACUUGGAUAAUUCUAUUUUCAAAAAAUUGGACAAUUUUCAAAAAAUUCUAGUAAAGAAAAUUGAAAAGACAAACUUUAAAUUGAUUACUGCCAACAAUUCAGUAGAAUUCAAUACUGUCUAUUAUACGAUAACCAACGGCCACAAAACCGUCAAAGCUCGCCAGCACUACAAGAGCCACAAGAUGGCACUCUGGCUGGAACUCAUCCCCAAGAUCCACAAAGCCGACACCUUCGACCCCUCCCUCCACUUUCUCGAUCAUGCUGGGAACGAGUCGACCUUCGAAUCGUUCGGCACUCGCGCUAUCGACGAUAACGAUUGCGGUGCAGAGCUGGCUGAUGAUGAGGAAGACGACAACGACUAUGAUGGCGCUGAUGACGAUGGAUAUAAUGAUAACAACGACGAAGGAGCUGUUUUAAAUGAUGAUGACGACGACGACGAUGGUGACGAUGAUGAUGAUGAGAGUGGUGGUGAUGAUGAUGACGAAAACGGUGGAGAUGGAAGCAGCAGGAUGAACGGGAAGGAUGGCGAUGUUUAUGUUGGUGGAGAUAAGAUUGAUGUGGAAGUGCCGAGUGGUGAAAGAAAAGGUGCCAAACCAAAUCAACCCAAUUUCAAACAAGACAACAUCUUCAGAGCGGCUGACGGCGAUGAUGAUGAUCACAAUGAUGGUGGUGGUGAUGAUGGCGGGCCUGGUGGAAAUGAUGAUGAUGAUCACCAUCGCCGUCGUGAUGAUGACAGCAAUUUUAAGGAGACGAUCAAAAUACCGGACGGCUCUCUGCCACACGAGCAGCCACAGCCGUCACUACCAUCGCCACCAUCGCCAGGGACUCAAUCAUCCUCCAACACUCUUACCCUCACCAUCUCCGUUGGAUGCGCACUCCUCAUUCUUAACUGCGUCGUCUUUGCCGCAACAUUUUGUCAGUGGCAGAGGUUCGGGAGAAAUUUUCGAAACAACGUAGCAAACACUGGCGGCGCGUACGACAGUGGCGUUGGUGUUUGCGACACGGAGAUGGUGAAGAGCAAGAUCGCUGUGGCCACAACUUCCUGCAUUUUCCAACAGCCAUCCACACUCGAGUUGAGUCAACAACAACAUCAACGGUCUACCUCGUCUCUCUUGUUGGCUAGUUGCGUCAGCAAUGUUGCCGAUUAUCAGCAGCAGCAGUUGCAAAACUGUCGCCAACAACAGCAACAAAUUUUAUACCUUCAAUCGCAACAAGAUCAGAUGUUGACAGAAAACAUGACUCCAACUUUUUACAACAAUUCUUUACAGCCUCAACAAAAACGUAACUUACAAUUCAUGCCACAGCAGUUUAUGCCAACAGCAGCCACGACAACAUCCACUCCAUCGUCACUUCCUCAACAGCAGCAGCAGCAGCCACUAUCAACACUUUCUAAUAAUUUCUCUCCGUCCCUUGUGAUUGGCUCGUAUAAUUGUCACCAGGACGACGAUCACGCGAUCAACAAACAGCCACAGCCACAACAACAACAACAGCCACAACAACAACAGCAGCCACAACAACAACAGCAGCCACAACUACAACAGCCACAAAAACAACGACACCAUCAGAAUCAACAUGAACUCCACACAGCCAGCCUUUCCACAACAAUAGUUUGA